CUGGAGACUAUCCAGACGGCAAUUUUCCUGCAAUGAGGCGUUCCCAGCCCUGCCGCUCCGUCUGCCGUUCGAAGCUCUGCCACGACCAAUGCCAAAUGUAAUCGCUAGUCUAAAGCCAAGGGAACAGCGGAAGAAACGUCGAGCCAGCACCGUGAAAUACAACCACAGGAAUAGCGUAGUAUGCCGAAACAGACCAAAAGGCACAAUCUUCUACAUGCUACUACAGUACCAGAUAGCUAGCCAGUUAUCCGACUAGCGACGAGGCAACGACAGAGGACCAUCUUUGGCUUUUUCUCGUUAUGGACUAAACCUCUUGGCGGACCCAGCUCUUUUGGCUAACUUAGCUUGGUAGCGUAGCCACUUUUCUUAAAUGUUUAUGAGCUUGCUAACGUAUGACGCUUUCCAGCACUUCUGUCACAGCGAGGAUGAAAAAGACACAUUUACAAAAUAGCUAGAUACAUUUUUCAAACUUCGUGGGCUUGCUAACUACAGUAGCUGGCCAUCCAUAGCUGGUGUGCUUGCUGGCCAAAUUCCUUUUUUUUUCCCAUCUUUUUUUAUUCCUUUCACGAAUUUCCUUUUUUUUGUAGGAAGCAAGCACAAGCUUGCUAUCUGAUUAAAUUAGUUUUGCGCCUAAUAGUUAACAAUAUGAAAACUUCAUAGUCAACUAUGUGUACACUUAGUAACAGUUUGCUAGCUAACUCGCUAGCUUGAAGAUCAGAUGAACUAUCAAGCCCGCACAGCGUAGACUAGGUCUCUGGACAAUCAAUCGAGAACUGUAUCGUGCCCAGUUUGAAUCACUAUCAAUGUACUGCUCCGUGCUUGACACUUCAGUUCAAGUCAUUGAACUAACAUGAUAAGAGUAACGAACGUUUGAGAUAUUUUAGAACACACGACUUUCAAGCUAAGAGAGGUUGGACAGAGGAGCCGAUGCCCCGAAACAUUGAAGCUGGGGCAAUGCUGGCAAUUGGGCUAUGCGUGAUGGUGCUCCUUACUUCCGUGGCCGCGGCGCAGGGCGAGGAGAGGGAGUGUGCCUUCACCGACGACCAGCAGCCCUGGGAGGUGGAGCGGGUGGCGGGGGAGGGCGAGGGCCGCGUCUCCCCAGAAAACACCACCACCCGCUGCCCCGAGGGCCGCCACUGCUUCGGCCUGUGGGAGAAGAGCCCGCCUGGGGACGUGCGUCUGGUCAAACAAGGUUGUUGGACCCAUGUUGGCGACCAGCAGGAGUGUCGUGACGACCGUUGCGUGGUAACAAACCGGCCUCCGCACACCCAGAACGGCACAUACCGCUUCUGCUGCUGCAGCAGCGACAUGUGUAACGUCAACUUCACAGAGGACUUCCCCCCGCCCAGCCCCACCACCGCUCAGCCCCUCUACUCUCGUACGUUGCAAUGCGAAGAGACCAUUGUGAUUGCCCUGGCAACCAUCUCAGUCCUCGCUGUCCUCGCUGUGGCGGCCUUCUUUGCCUACCGCAUGAUGCACGCGGAUGGUAAACACGGCCUUCACAACGUGAACAUGAUGGAGGCAGCUGGUUCUGAGAGCUCUCUGGACUUGGACAAUCUCAAACUGCUGGAGCUGAUUGGCCGCGGCCGCUACGGCUCGGUGUACUGCGGUUCGCUGGACGAGCAUCAGGUGGCGGUCAAGGUGUUCACCUCGGCCAAUCGGCAGAACUUCCUCAACGAGUGCUCCAUCUACCGGCUCCCCCUGCUGGAGCACGAACACAUCGCCCGCUUCACCGCCGCCGACGAGCGUCUGGGGCCGGAGGGGCGGGUGGAAUACCUGUUGGUGAUGGAGUACCACCCCCAUGGCUCGCUGAGUCGCUACCUGGGCCUGCAGACAGGAGACUGGGUUAGCAGCUGUCGCUUGGCUCACUCCGUGACGCGCGGCCUGGCCUACCUGCACACAGAGCUCUUUAAAGGAGACUUGUACAAGCCUUCAGUGUCCCACAGGGACCUGAACAGCCGGAACAUUCUGGUCAAGACUGACGGGACCUGCGUCAUCAUCGACUUUGGCCUGUCCAUGAAGCUGACCGGGAGCCGGCCGCUACGCCACGGCGAGGAGGAUAACACCGCCAUCAGCGAGGUGGGCACCAUCCGCUACAUGGCCCCAGAGGUGCUGGAGGGGGCGGUGAACCUGAGGGACUGUGAGUCGGCCCUGAAGCAGGUGGACAUGUACGCCCUGGGCCUGGUCUACUGGGAGACAUUCAUGCGGUGCACUGACCUCUUCCCUGGAGAGACAGUUCCUGAGUACCAGAUGGCGUUCCAGGCCGAAGCGGGGAACCACCCCUCGUUUGAAGACAUGCAGGUUCUGGUGUCCAGGGAGAAACAGAGGCCCAAGUUCCCAGAGGCCUGGAAGGAGAACAGCCUGGCGGUGCGCUCUCUGAAGGAGACCAUGGAGGACUGCUGGGACCAGGAUGCAGAGGCCCGCCUGACGGCCCAGUGUGCCGAGGAGCGCCUUGCCGAGCUGCUGAUGAUCUGGGACCGCAGCAAGUCGGUCAGCCCCACCCUCAACCCCAUGAGCACCGCGCUGCACAACGAGAGGAACCUCAUGGCACCACUAUCAGGCUCCUACCCAGACCACCCUUCUUCCUACAUCGAGGAACAGGAGGGCGUGGUUAAGAACACGCAGGGCGACGCCUCCUCUUCCACCACUGGCCGGGUCGGGACAGGGGUCGGGGAACGGAACAGGAAUUCAAUCAACCACGACCGGCAGCAGAACCAGCACGCUCGCAUGCCCAGCCCCGACGGUAGUGCCGGUGGGAUGGGCCGAGGGGGCAGCCCCUCCACCAACACCACCGAGUCCAGCCAUGGCUUGGAGGGACCCACAGGCGGCGCUGUGGUGCCGGUCUGCCUGCACCUCACCCAGGAAGACCUGGAGACCACCAAGCUGGACCCCAAAGAGGUGGACAAGAACCUGAAGGAGAGCUCCGACGAGAACCUGAUGGAACAUUCUCAGAAGCAGUUCUGUUCCCCGGACCUGCUCAGCCCGGGCAGCUCCAGCCUGCUCUACCCUCUCAUCAAGAUGGCCGCCGAGGCCUCGGGCUCGGUAGACGCCCCACCCACCGCCAUCUUCCCCCUCCCCAAGCAGCAGAACCUGCCCAAGCGUCCCUCCAGCCUCCCGCUCCGCACCAAGCCCUCCAAGAAAAACUCCUCCUCGUCCUCCGCCUCCUCGUUGAGGUUUAAGUUCGGCCGCCACGGCAAGUCCAACCUGCGGCAGGUGGAGACCCAGGGGGGCGGGGCUAAGAUGAACGUGGCCCCGCCCAACACCUCCCCCCGCGUGGCCGAGCCCCACCCCCACCGGGGCGCCGGCACCAACAACCUGCCGCGCGCGCGCGACGCCGCCGUCAGCGGGAUGAGCGCUCAGGCCAGCGGCGGGACCCCGUCGCUCCAGAUGGCGGCCGUGACGGAGGCGACGGCGUCAGGGCCCCAGAGGUCAGACGACAACCGCCUCAGCCUGAUCACAGCCAGCCCCGACGAGAACGAGCCCCUGCUGAGCCGAGAGCGGGCCGACGCCCUCCGCUCCGCCCGGCCCAACGCCAACAACAACAACAACAACACCACCCGCGGCCAGGGGGAGGGCGAGAGCGAGGGGGAGAGCGACGGAGGCGGAGGCGAGGAGGAGAGCGGAGCAGGGGGAGGGGACGGCAGGGAGACGAGCUGCCCCCCGGGAGAGAGCUCCGGGGCUGGGGCUAGCUCCCACCCUGGGGCUGGUUCUGGCUUUGCUGAUGCCCCAGUGACCCUGCGAGGAGAAGCUCUGCUCAGGCAGCCUAAAGCCCGAAGGCCUGAGAGACCCAACUCCCUGGACCUGUCCUUCACCACCCGCGACCUAUCCUCUCUGGGCGAGGGGUUGGUGUCACGAGACGGACAAGCAGAGACUGCCGAGAAGAUCAAAAAGCGUGUCAAGACGCCGUACUCCCUCAAGCGGUGGCGUCCCUCCACCUGGGUCAUCUCCUCGGAUACCAGGGGUUCAGAGGUCAACAACAACACUGGAAGCGGCCCUCGGGCCCAGGGCCAGAGUCAGGCUUCCACCCAGGCUCGGCCCAAAUCCAGCUCCGCCGUGUACCUGAGGGGCUCCGAACCCAACGACACCCGGGUCUGACGUCCUACACGAACCCUGUGGCAGGAAGCAGGCCGUUCUCCGAGGUGUUUUCAUCUCGGAACAUCUCCGAACUCUUUUUUUUUUUUGUUCUCUCCUUCAGCAAGAGGAAGCUAUCAAGAGUCCUGUUGACACGCCGCAGUCUGUUGUACAGUCCCUCGCUUCAGUGAGCCGAUUCGCAACUUCGCUUGACGUGGAAUCCGACGAGGAGUCCCCUUCUCCUGUGGUUUGUUUUUCAUACGGAUUCAUUUUACGUUCUGACGAUCUCUCGCCGCAUGAUCGAGGUUCGGUUUCAUCCUUUUGGAUGCACUUCGGAACAGCUGAAAUCAGCAUCCCUUAAAGAGGGGGUUUGACGUGACCAUUAGAAGGAGUGGUCUCUAAACCUAAAAGUUGUGCAAGGGAGUAAAAGUCAACAAUCAGUAUUCGGGCGCUCUUCCUCUCGCUUCUUGCGUGCAUCAAAGAAGAUGAGGCGUGCGCUCCACAAAACACUACGGUCUUAAAGACGAGAAACUACUUCUUUUUUUUCCUUUAUAUACUUCUUUUUUUAUGCAAUGCUUAUUCAUAUAUUUUACCAUGCAUCUAUCUUUUGUAUCAUGAUUUGAACUGUGCAAUAGUAUAUAGAAAUGAGAUGAUUUUAAUGUUUUAUGGCUUCCAUUCUUUUUGGUCAUUGUUAAUCUCUUGAGUAUGUGAUCCCUAGGUUGCACUUACGAACAGUCACAAUCUUUUAUUCAGCCUCUAUCACAAAGAGGAGCCUAUUGGAUGGCAAUCCUUUCUUUCUAUCUCCCUUCUCUUCUCCACCCUUCUUUCCUCUCUUUGCGUCUCUCUGUCCUCUCCCACCCACCCCUGUUCCCUGUUCUCUCUCGCUUCUCCUCCCCUCUUUCUCAUGCGACAAUCUGUUGUGAAGUCAAGUGAGAAAUGAGAGACGUUACAGAGAUCAGUACCAAUCAGUGGGAUUGAAAAAGCUCAUUUUAGUGGACUAGCUCACCUUUACAUCCUGGCUUGCACAAUACCUGGGAGGAGUCUGUCUGUGAGUCCGCCAAUCAGGAGAGAGGAACUGAAUCUGUUCCAGUCACGGACACGCUAAUGCAGUUGACUAAUGCAACUGAACCUAGAUAUAUCUCUCAGCUCCGAAUCAGACUCUUUUGAAAACGUCUUUGAAAACCAAACUCUCUGAAGCACGCUGGAAGUCUUUCUCUGUCGGUCUUUGUGGUGUAUGUGCGUGUGUUUUAUGUUGUUCCUGGCUGUCUCUGUCUGUGUGAAAGAUGGACUGAUUGCGUGUGUGUUUCCUGUACAUGUGCCAGCAUGUGCACAUAUAUGGCUGCGUGCAAGUGUGUGUGUUUAUGUGAUGUUCCCUUCAUAUGUAAUCAAGAAAUGUAUACGAUACAGGCCUGUGGCUACACAAGCCUAUGAUGUAACGGUGUAGUUUGGACUACUUGUCUCUCAGUGCUGCUUCAGAGCAUAUGAAAUGAUCCUCUGUUUUGUAAUCUGUCAUUUGUAUGAGAAUAUAUAUGUGUAAUGCAAAAAUGCCUUGAUACUUGCAUAAUUUUUAUGGACUUCUGUUUUCAUUGCAUUAAUUGGAUUAUUUGACAGGGACAAUGUACAGUUAAAAACAAGCCUGAAAAUCUAAUGUCUAAACCAGAUAAAGCACUCAAUGGACAUGACAUUUUUAUUUCAUUGCUAUGCCUCUGCUCUGUACAAUUUCUGUAACAUUCUAUAAACAUUUUUGACUCAAAAUGAGAAAAAAAAUCUGAAUAAAUGUAUGAAAGCACA